GCGGACAGUCGUGAAUCUUCUUUUGAAUCGAACGGACGUCUAACGUCCUGGAAACUCUUUUCUUUCGAUCGAUCGAACCGUUGCGGGAUUUACAUAUAUAAAUAUAUAUAUAUCUUUCGACUCGAACGGAUUAUUAUUUUUUCAUCGGUUUUUCGUUACAUAUUCACAUUUUUUCGCAACGAAUUUAUUACUUUUUUGACCUUGUCCUGUGAUAAGCUAAAAGACAAACCGUAAUCGCGAUGGAAGAGACGGACGGUGAUAUUGAGCCCCGAGGCUCCGCUGAACCGGAGGCAACACCAGCCCAGGAUACGUUGCAGGUGCCGACGCAAAAGAGGCGGAAGCUCAAGUCUCCCACUCCGGGUAGUUUACGCGGACGUAGUGCCACGCCCAUACACGGCCGGAGUCAGACUCCCUUUAGUUUGUACAUGACUCGUCGAAGCGCCACGCCUUCAACAUGGCGAAGCAUUACGCCAUUCCUCAAGCGCGAGGAGAAGGAGAAAACUCCCUUUGAACUCGGCCGGGACAUCAAGUCGCAGACGACGUGCAACAUUGCUGUCUUUGAUCGUGCCUUGAUCAUGGAUAUCUCCGAGCCUGUGGAUAUUCAGAAACCUGUGCGUUACAUAACAUCCGAUUUGUCAGUAAUCGAUCGGGCUGCUGUAAUGGAUGUGUCUAACGUUGAGGUUAUCUACGUUGUUGAGGAAUACGAAGAGGUGGAGGAAGAGGAGGAAAUCAUUGAGGAGGUCAAGCCCAAGAAGAAGGAAAAGAAGGCUCGUAAGCCACGCGUAGGCCGCAAAUCUGUUGACAAGGAUCAAAGUCCUUUGGCGGGCUCCGAGGCCGAAGACUUGAUCGACUUGGAUGAUCGUGAAGAUAGCGUUGACUUCGAAGAGGAUGAGCCUGUCAAGAAGGGCAAGAAGAAGGCGCCGCCCAAGAAGAAGGAGAAAAAGGAAAAGUCUCCGAGUCCCAAGUUGUCCUUGAAACUGGAGAUCGGCGGUGGUCAAAAGGCCAGCAAGAAGAUGUUUGAACAACCUGCAGCUGCUCCAAAGCCUCCACCCAAAAAGAGCAAGAUGGUGCUACAGAUGGAAGAGCAGGCCAAGGCGGCAGCAAAGGCUGCUGAGGAGGAAGCGAACCGCGCUAAGCCCAAAGGUGAGACCUUUGAGGAGCGCCAGAAACGCUUGAAAGAGGAAAAAGAGGAGCAGGAGCGACUCGAAGCGGAGCAACGUGCAUUAGAGGAGGCCGAGGCAGAAGCUGAAGCUGAGGCCGAAGCCGAGGAUGAUGAAGAGGAUCCAUCGUUCGUUGAUGAUGCCGAUGAUGGUACGGAGGCAGCUGAUUACAACGAGGACGAAGAUGUCGAUAGAGAUCAGGACGAGGAGGAGUUGAACGAGGAAGACGACGUAGUCGCCGACUUGAAAAAAGAAAAACGACGUGGCAGUGACUCAUCGGAUGAGUACACUCGUCCCGAUCCACAUGAGGAGGAACGCUGGCAACGCAUUGCCGCCAUCGAGGGCGAAGAGUUUAUGCAGCAGAUGCGCAAAUACAGUAUCGCUAAGCGGAUUAGCGAAAAGGAACGCGAUGCCGACUGGCAACGACGACGUGAACAGGCACGUCUGCCGAAGUUUAUUAACUUCCUUUCCGAUCGCACUGCCGAGGCGGGUCAAAGUGUACGCAUGGCUUGCGCUGUCGAUGGUCCCGAGUUAUCGGUGAAAUGGUUUAAGGAUGGCAAGCAGCUGGAGCGCGAUGGAACUCAUCGCAUCAUCAACAACAACAACAUCCUAGUGCUUGAAGUGAUAAACACGACCAUUCUCGACUCGGGAGAGUACACGUGUCAAAUUUUGAAUCAGAAUGACGAUGCCACCUCCUCGUGCAUUGUUACUAUUUACGAAAUCUUUAAGGACGAACCCAAACCUCCCUCUUUCCAGUAUAUCAAAGAGUACUACCACAUGCGUGACGAUGAGUUGACAAUUGAGGGUCAUGUACAUGGUGUACCCCGACCUGUGGUCACUUGGUGGCGUGGCGCCUUCCAGAUUAAGCCCAGCUAUAAGUUCACGAUGCUGGAGGAGGCGCAUGGAGUCUGCAAGCUAUUGAUCUACAAGCCCGGCAACAAGGAUAGCGGCAUCUACACGCUGAAGGCGAUCAAUUCGAUUGGCGAGGCGCAGAUUAAUCACACCGUUGAGGUGGCCAAGAAUCUGCACUAUCAUGUGCCUGGCAUCUUCCAUGCUCGCGAUAAGAUCCAGCUAGACAGCUUGAAGCAGGCUCGCCUUUCCAUGACUGCUGCUCUCAAGUCCAAGGCGGAAUCCGAUCAAAAGCGUGCUGAGAUUGAGGCCGAACAGCAGCGAGUAGCUGCAGCUGCCAUUGCAGCUCGUGCGCCUCCAGAACCAUUGGUGCCUGCCAAGCAGAAGCUAUCGUUUGCCACCCAGUUGCGCGAUCGCAUGGCUCUCGAGGGCACUAGCGUGAAGUUUGUGGCCACUGUCAUUGGUCCGUCACCUAACACGCGAUGGAUGAAGGACGACAAGUGGGUGCAAAUGAACGACAACAUCAAGAACCUGUCCGAGGAGGGCAAAGCUAUCAUUCAGAUCGUGAAAGUGUCCUCGGAAGACUCGGGUAUCUACAAGUGUGUGGCCAAAAAUGAUAUGUGCGAGAUUGAGACCCAAUGCUACUUCAAAGUGUAUGCCGCGCAAGCUGAUGGCGAUGAAUCCGAGCCUAUCUUUGCCCUGCCAUUGCGAGAUGUGUAUCACUCUUCCCAAAAUGAUUUGAUCAUCGAUACGAAGGUCCGUGGCAAUCCGCGGCCUGAGAUCUCGUGGACGAAAGAUCAAAUACCUGUGGUGCUCGACGAUCGUAUCGUGCAAAUCGAGCACUUGGAUGGCAUUUGCGAAUUGAUCGUGAACAAGCCAACGGAGCACGACAACGGCAUCUACGUUUGCACCGCCAAAAACAAAUUGGGCUCUCAGUCGACCACUCACACCGUUGUCGUCGAUACCACACACUCUUCUCGUCGCUCAAGCAUUCUAUCAGCAAUGCAGGAUGAUGCAACAUCCGCAGCUCCAGGUGGCGAAGGCGGUAAAAAGAAGAAGAAGUUGCCUAAAGGCGAUGCCGAUGCCAAUGCCGAGGGAGGCUAUGAACGUCGCAGCCGUAUGCCUGAUCCCUCACCCAAGCAAAUGCUUUACUUCACGGUCAAUCUUUCUAAUCGGUACGUGGCCGAGGGCUCCAAGGUCAAGUUGCAGGCGGUAGUAGGUGGACCAGAGCCCACAAUUAAGUGGACUAAGGAUGAUCAAAAUGUACAAUAUGGACCGCGUAUACGCAAUAUGAAUCGUGACAGUCUCGCCGUGCUGGAGUUCACCAGUGCAUUGCCGGAAGAUUCGGGCACUUAUACAAUUACAGCGCAGAAUGAGCACUGCAAAAUCACGACAUCGGCUGUGUUGCACGUCUAUCAACCGAAGGUCAACACCGAUGUGCAGCCCGUGUUCAUACGCUCGCUGAAAGAGACCUAUCAUCUUAACUCCAAUGAGUUGAUUCUGGAGACUGCGGUGCGUGGUCAGCCAACACCGCAGGUGCAAUGGUUUAAGGACAGCAUAGAGAUACAGAGUGGUGGCCGCUUUCAGCUUAUCGAGCAUCAGGAUGGCACCUGUGAGUUGAUCAUCGAUCGGCCGGACAACAAGGACUCGGGCAAGUAUGUUGUCAAGGCGGAAAGUCGUGCUGGCAAAAUGGAAAUUUCCCAUUAUGUGCUCUUCGAGGGUAAAGCCUCGCACAUUGCGGACAAUAUUCAUGGUGUGUUCCAUGCCGACAAGAGUCUAAUGCGUCCUAAGGAGGUGGAGAAGCCCGCUCCCAAACCAGCUGCUGCUGAGGGGGGUGAAGAGGAAAAGGGAAAGCGUCGUGGUCGUAAGAAGGAUGAACCUGAGGAGGAGGCGACUGCAUCGGUCACGGACUAUGCUUCAGACACGGCGAGCAUGUCAAGCAAACGUCGCGAGAAGAACGUUGCCAUACACUUUAGCACGUCGAUGCGAGAUCGUGUGGUAGCCGAGGGAUCUAAGGUGAAGAUAUCCUGCUUCUUAGAGGCGAAGGAGCCACAGGUCAAGUGGUUCAAGGAUGGAGAACAAAUUCAGAACGGUCCCAAGAUGCGCGGACGCUAUAGCGAGGGCUUGUGCCUUCUGGAGAUUAACAGUGCAACCCCCGAGGACAACGGCGAGUACAAGUGCUGGGGACGCGACGAAUCCGGUGAGGCAUCAACAUCGUGUAGGCUCGAAGUCUAUGAAAAUCCUGGCACGGGUGAUGUGCCUCCAACAUUUACGCGUAACAUCAAGGAUACACUGCACGGCAAGAUCAAUGAAUUGCAGUUGGACGUGCAUGUGCGAGGAUUGCCAACGCCAGCGGUAACCUGGUUCAAGGAUGGCGUUAAGAUUGAGAAUAGCGAGAAAUAUCAGCAGGUGGAUCACGAUGAUGGCACCUCGGAGUUGUUUGUCAGCUAUCCCAAGGCUUCCGAUAGCGGCAAAUAUGUUUGCCAAGCUGAAAAUCGUGAGGGUCAAACGGAAAUCGUGCACAUGGUCACCGUGGAACCACGUGUCCGUGUGCGACCUACAUCACCUCCAAGGGAGGGUAGACCUCCAGCCAAGCCAACCACCGAAGAAGAAGAAGGUGAAGAAGCACCAGCUGAGGGCGAGGAGGCAGUUGAAGGCGGAGAAGGUGCACCAACUGAGAAAAGGAAGCGCAAGAAGAAGGGCGCCGCCCAAGAUGAGGAAGGUGGCGGAUCCAGGCGUGAAGUGCCCCCACCACCAGAUCUAAAGAAGCGCCUGUACUUCCGAAACUUCCUCUCCAAUCGUACCGUAAAAUCGGGCAGUAAUGUAAAAUGGAUGGUUAACAUCGAUGGACCCGAGCCCACAGCCAAAUGGUUCCAUGGCGAUCAACCUAUUGCCUUUGGGCCCAAGAGCAAGAUGUCUAUGCAGGAUGGCAUUGCCUGGCUCAAUCUAGUAGGUGUUACGGAGGAAGAGGCUGGCGAGUAUACACUUCGCGUGCGGGGACUUGAGAAUGAGAUCGUUAGCACUUGUAAUCUGUUCGUUUACAGUACGGGUAAAGCUGAGGUUAUCACUCCCACUUUCACAGUGGGCAUCAAAGACACGUAUUCUCUUAAUGAGAAUGAGUUGGUUCUGGAUUGUCGCGUGCGUGGUCAACCACGUCCUGAGAUAGAAUGGAUGAAGGGCAACGACAUCAUCUCCAACGAUGCCAAGUAUCAACAGAUCGAUCAGGCCGAUGGCUACUCCAAGCUCAUUAUACGCAAUCCAACGGAGAAAGAUUCAGGCAUUUAUGCCUGUGUGGCCACCAAUGAAGGUGCCAAGAAUAAGAUGACCCAUCAGGUGGACUUUAAGGGACGCGAGAAAUUCACGCAAGAGAAGACGCACGGUUUCUUCCAUCGCGAUCCCAACAAGCCCCACUUCCUUACCCCGCUGGGUAAUCAAACUGUUUGCAAUGGCGGCACCGUUGCCAUCUCGGCAGAGUUUAUGCAGUCCAGCACACCCAUUGAGGUGAAAUGGAUUCGCGAUCGCCGAACUGUCGAUGGUCCCAAUGUGACAACACUCAAUGACCGCGGCGUAUAUACGCUGGCCAUCACGAAUGCUGGAGCCGAGCACGAGGGUACCUACACUUGUCUCGCCUCGAAUGCGUUUGGACGCAUUGAAUCCCAUGUGAACAUCGAUGUCGCUGUUGGUGCAGAGAAGAACGAGCGUCCGCCAUUGUUCCUGUCGAGACCCGAAACCGAAAUGAAGAUUGCUGUUGGCGAUCCUUUCUCGCUCUCCUUCCGUAUUGCGGGCGAUCCCAAGCCAAAGUUGGUGUUCAUGAAGGGCACCAAGGACAUUACACAGUCGGAUCGUGUGAGCAAAGAGGUAUCCGAUGACUACACCAGAUUCACUGUGCAAAAGUCGCAGAUCUCCGAUUCCGGCACCUAUUUCGUUGUUGCUCGCAACGACUUUGGAACGGACAGAAUAUUCGUUACCAUUACGGUCAACCCACGCGCUCGCUCUGAAACUCCAACGCAACCACGCUGGGGCCAACCCCUGGACAGUUACAGCGAGACUUCGUAUUUCCGAGAUCCACCUGGCUGCAUCUCAACGGAACCUCUUGUGGUUGACUCGGGUCCUACGCACAUAUCACUGUCUUGGGGCAAGCCCGUCAGUGCGAACUCCGCACCUGUAAUUGCCUACAAGGUGGAGGCUUGGAUUGUGGGCCACGAAGGCGGCGCUUAUUGGCGUGAGUUGGGCCUCACACCUAUCAACUCAUUUGACGCUUUCAAUCUGAAGCCCAAUGUGGAAUAUCAUUUCCGUGUGACACCCAAGAAUCGCUAUGGUUGGGGUCCCGCGGUCCAGACCAGUUCUGCAUUGCAAGUAGGCGGCGUCGAGUGUCUGCCAGAGUUUGUCAAGAUAUUGCCGGGUCAGGUGAAGGCGUUGCUAGGCUCCUCGUUCACUCUGCAGUGCAAUAUGCGUGGCGCACCACGUCCACAGAUCACCUGGUACAAGGAUGGUAUUCAACUGAGCAGCAGUUCCGAUCGCGUUAAGAUACGACAGAUUGGCUCCACUUGUGCCCUGACCAUUGCCACUGUCGUCGAGCUGGAUUCGGGACGCUACACCUGCGAAGCAACCAAUUCAAAGGGACGGGUUUCCACCUUUGCUCGUCUACAGGUCGUCUCUGAUCCCAGACUAUACGAAGCAGAUUCGCGUCUGAAGGAAAUCGCACACGGACGCCAUCCAGCUGAACUAGGCGAAUCCCUACCCAUCUUUACUAUGCGCUUGAGGGAUCGUCGUGUACAGGUCACCUAUCCGGUGCGUCUCACCUGCCAGAUCGUUGGCUAUCCCACGCCAGAGAUACUGUGGUACAAGGACGGCCAACUCAUUGUCAGCGACAGAAGGCAUCUGAUCACUGCCGAGGGACAGUUCUUUACGCUGGAAAUUGCAGCCACCACAUUAGACGACAGCGGAGAUUACACGUGCACGGCCAAAAACGAGUUGGGUUCCGUCUCGUGCCACAGCGUUCUAGUGGUAGACAAAGGCAUCAGAGCUUACAUUUCUCCAGACUUUUAUGUGCCACUCGACCCAUUCUAUGUGUUCCGCGAGGGCAGCGAAAUUCGUCUGUCCACCAAAGUCGAAGCCUAUCCAUCUGUGGGUGUCACCUGGCAUCGCAAUGGCAUGCGACUACGUCCCAGCCGUCGCAUAUCUGCUACACUUGACUCCACCGGCUUUGUGGAGCUGAUUAUUGCCGAGGCAACGCCACGCGAUGCGGGCAUUUAUGUGUGUGUCGCCUCCAAUGUGGUGGGCAAGGUGGAGACCAUUUGCCGUGUGGCAAUCGAGGAGAACGACACAGUUUCCACACCGUCCCGCUCACUCGAAAUACCCAGUAUCAAGACAAACGAUAUGCCGUACUCCAAGGAGCCGCUGUUCGUUGUUAAGCCACGCUCCAGUGAGGCCUACGAGGGCGACAAUGUCAUUAUCUUCUGCGAAGUUGUCGGCGAUCCCAAGCCCGAAGUUGUUUGGCUGCGUGAUUUUCUCAAUCCGGAAUAUUACAAGGACGCACCGCAUUUUCGACGCAUUGGCGACGGACCGGAGUAUCGCUUGGAGAUACCCAGCGCCAAAUUGGACUUUACCGGCACAUAUUCAGUUAUUGCCAGCAAUUGUCAUGGGGAGACAAAGGCUGUAAUCUCACUUCAAAUCUUCGCCAAAGAUAUACUUAAAGAAAAUCGCAUGGACAAGGUUCAUACACGCCAUGGCAAUAUUGAAACUUUGCCGCGCUUCGUGCGUAACCUGCGCAAUCUUCGCUGCUGUGACGGAGACGCCAUAUCAUUGGAGUGUCAUGUGGAAGCCAUGCCGGAGCCGUAUAUAAUAUGGGAAAAGGAUGGUCACGUCAUACCCAGCGAUAGAGUCUACGUAAUGUCAUACGACGGUAUUAAGGCCACAUUAAGUAUACCACGCGUGUACCCCGAGGAUGAGGGUGAAUACACUUGUGUGGCCAAGAACUCGGUGGGCCGCACACUAUCGUCCGCCUGCAUCAUUGUUGAUGUGCCGGAGGAGAAGGAGAAUAUGCUGAGUCGACAGCUGGCACGUCCAAGUGCCUUGCUCUCGGCCCAUUCAACGCCACGUUCCACGCCCCGCUCGACACCAAACCGAAGCUUUUCACCAAUGCGACUUUCCUACCGCAACAGCAGCAUCGAUCUGACAAUGGGAUCUGUGGAACGCCGGCGCAGCGAUGCACGCUGCAUAACGGCGCCCAAAUUCCUAGCCAUUCCUUACAAUCGUGUCGUUGAGGAAGGCGACAGUGUGCGCUUCCAGUGCGCUAUUGCUGGACAUCCAUCGCCAUGGGCUACCUGGGAUAAGGAUGGCCUGAUUGUAACACCAACGCCACGCAUUCAUGUCAAGGAAGUGGACGAUCUGCGUUUCAUUGAAAUCGAUGAAGUGGGCUUUGAUGAUGCCGGUCUCUAUCGCAUCACGUUGGAGAAUGACUUUGGGCGCAUUGAGGCCACGGCUCGCCUGGACGUGAUCAGCAGUUCCCGCUACUCAAAGUCGCCCUCGGCGAGAAGUGUGCGCGCUUCCUCCUCGCGACGUAAUGCCUAUUUGUACAGACGUAUCAUGGGACCAUCUACAGCUAUUGGCGGUCGCAUGGCGUUAGCAAGCGGCUUCCGCGGCUCGUCGGUGCCCUCGGUGCGGUUCUAUCACAAUAACAUUGAGCUGGAACCCUCGGACCGUGUGCACAUUGUGCUGCAGGAGGAAGAGGCAAUACUGUUUGUGGACAAUGUAACCAUUGCGGAUGAGGGCAAUUACACCUGCAUUAUCAGCGGCAAUCACGAUCCCUUGGUUAGCUCCAUCGAUGUGAAGUUCCAUGAGUCAAAUAUUGAUGUUCAACGUCAACCGGCCAGCAUUGUGGAUCAUCUGCCCGAGCUCACACAUUCUGUGGAGGGCGAGGUGAUCGAUCUCUGCUGUACGAUCGAUUGUAGUGAACCUUAUAGUUACGUCUGGUUGCGCAAUGGCGAAAUUCUGCCCGACAGCGAGGAGUUCAACUACAUCGAUCAUGGCAAUGGCUGUCUCUGUCUGCGCAUCAACGAUGCCUUUGACAUUGACUCGGGCAUCUACAGCUGUCAGGUGUACACGUCCCAUACUGAUGAUGAUGAUCAUGAUGAUGAUGAUGACAGCGGCUGCGACUUUGACUGUCGCAGCUCCGGAGAGCUGUGUGUGCUGGAGCGAGAUCUCUCACGGACCGAUGAAAGCAUUCAGCUGCUCAAAUCACCGCUGCCCGUGGUUUGUGCAUCAGGAGCGGAAGCUCUUUUCUAUGCGCGUGUUUACCCCUGCGAAGCGGACGCCGAAUGGUAUCUCAAUGGAAAACUCAUCAAGGAUGACUCACAAAACAUGACGUUGGAGUCAUAUCCAGAGAACGGCAUUCGCCUGUUGCGCCUGCGAAACGUGCAAUUGGCGCAAAGCGGCGAACUGCGCCUACAAGUGAAGCAUCAUCCCCAUCUCGCUGAGCGACGUUCCCCCACUGUGCGCAGCUAUACCUCACUUCUAGUACUACCCAUCAGCAAUCCCAAGCAACAGACGAAGAACAAUAACAUCUUACCACUGGCUGGCAAUAAUAGCUGCAUUCUGCGUGGGCCACAGGAUUGCACCGCACUAAUUGGCGGCCAUGUGCAGCUGAGCGUGCAGUUCGAGGCAUUCCCCAAUACACAAGUCACCUGGUACAAGGCGUGUCAUGCCAUCGUUGAGGGCGCCAAUGUGAUCAUAGAGACAACAGCGGAGCAAUCGACGCUUUACAUAAGCGACAUCUCGGCCGAUGACAGCGGCAAGUACACGGCGGAAGUCAUGAACGAUUACGGCGUGGAGGCAGCCGCCGCUUCAGUGGCCGUCGAAGGACCCCCGGAGCCGCCCAGUGGUCCGCCCAGCGUAUCGCUUGGACCCGAUCGUGUAGCUGUGGCCUGGUGCGGACCGCCCUACGAUGGCGGCUGUAUGAUCACAGGUUUUAUCAUUGAGAAGCAGGAGAUUAAUCCUACGGACUGUGAUAAGGACUGGCAGCAGGUGGCGCGUGUCGUAGACACUUUGGCCUACACCGUCAAGGAUCUGCAGCCACAAUUGCAGUACAGAUUUCGUGUGCGCGCAGAGAACAUACAUGGACGAAGUGCACCCAGCCAAGUCAGCGAGCUGGUGCAGAUCACGCGUCCAGCAGCCAGUGCAGUAACUACAGACACAGAAACUUCAAGUGCGCUGAGCAGCAUUAGCGUGCAAUCUGGCGGCGAUUUCAAGUCACGCUUCGAGAUCAUCGAAGAGCUGGGCAAGGGACGCUUUGGUGUGGUCUACAAGGUGCUGGAACGUGCACAGCCCGAGCAGCAGCUGGCAGCCAAGGUGAUCAAGUGCAUUAAGUCGCGCGAUCGCCAAAAAGUACUGGAGGAGAUUUCCAUCAUGCGUUCGCUGCAGCAUCCCAAGCUACUGCAACUGGCAGCAUCCUUUGAGAGCGCACGCGAAAUUGUCAUGGUCAUGGAAUAUAUUACCGGAGGGGAGCUCUUUGAGCGCGUGGUCGCCGAUGACUUUACGCUGACGGAGCUGGACUGCAUUUUGUUUUUGCGACAGGUGUGCGAAGGCGUUGCCUACAUGCACAGCCAGAGCGUGGUGCACUUGGAUCUGAAGCCGGAGAAUAUUAUGUGCCAUACGCGCACAAGCCAUCAAAUCAAGAUCAUUGACUUUGGUCUUGCCCAGCGACUGGACACCAAAGCGCCGGUGCGUGUGCUCUUCGGAACACCGGAGUUUAUACCGCCGGAGAUCAUUAGCUACGAACCCAUCGACUUCAAGUCGGACAUGUGGAGUGUGGGCGUCAUCUGCUACGUGCUUCUCUCGGGUUUAUCGCCCUUCAUGGGGGACACGGAUGUGGAAACCUUCUCGAAUAUUACUCGCGCUGAUUACGACUUCGACGACGAGGCCUUCGACUGCGUCUCACAGGAGGCCAAGGACUUUAUCUCGCAGCUACUUGUGCACCGCAAAGAGCAGCGUCUGACUGCCCAGCAGUGCUUGGAGUCCAAGUGGCUGUGUCAGCGCCACGACGAGAAUCUCAGCAACAAUAAGAUCUGCACGGACAAGCUCAAGAAGUUCAUCAUACGCCGCAAGUGGCAGAAAACUGGCAAUGCUAUACGCGCUCUGGGCCGCAUGGCCACGUUGUCGGCAUCGCGUCGCAACUCUGCAAUUGCCAUGGGCGCCUGCAAUAGUCCGCGUCCCUCCAUCUCAGGUCUGGGGAUGCUGGCCACCGCGAAUGUAAGCAACCCACAGCAGAUGGCUUCGCUGAACGAGGAGGAAGACGAUUUCAGCGUGGAGUUGCCACACUCUGCAGUGGACAAACGCAAGUCAGCGAAUGUACUUAAACUGCGUGAUAAAUCGCAGUGCAGCGAACGCAGCGAUUCCGGUUAUAGUGAAUGCUCUAAUGGAAGCCUAGGUGCUCAGGAGACACUACUGCUGACGCUGGCCAAGAGCAAGCUCGAGCAGAUUGCCAAGGCAAACAACGAGCACACAGAUCCAGCGACGAAUACGCUGCCAGGCAAUGUGCCCGCAUUGGAAUUACCAGCCAAGGGUGAACCCAUCAUGCUGUCCGACUUUACGAACACGAUCAAGAUGCGCAAGAAAUCGCUGGAGGAUAGCUGUGCACGCGAAAAGCUGAAGCCGCAUGGCAAGCUCAUGUGCGAAUCAAAGUUGAAAGUGUCGCAGUUGAAGCAUCGCUUCCAGCAAUCGAGUGCAGCUGCUGCAUCCGGCAAACCACCACCAGCUGCUACUGCUGCUGCCUUGAGCAACAAGGUUGCCAAGGUUGCGAGUGUGGGACACAUUAGUAAACUGUCAACUGUCGCCACUAAAGCGCGACCAACACAAACCCAAUCGAUGCCCAGUUCACCGCUGCCCCAACGCGCUGCAACGCCAACGCGGCUGAGCAGUCGCGUCCGCGAGACAACCGAGCGUCUUGCCCAACAGCACACGGUGGCCAGCGCACAGCGGCACAGCAGUGGAAAUGGCAAUGGAAAUGGGAAGGGAACAAAUCACGAGUCACGUGCGCGACAUCUCAUCAAUCGAUUCAACGAAACGAAACAUAUCACGUCCUAGCUGUCGAAUGAUUUCUUCUUGAUGCAAGCUCUAAGUUCUUUUCUUUUAUUGUUAAAAAAAUAUUACGAUUAUAUGUUAUCAUUAUUGAAAAUGUGUACAAUGUGUUGAAGAAGCACAGCAAAAAGCCCUAGUACGAAACUCACUCUCGAAUAUCAAUAUUGUAUCUCAUAAAUACUACAUGCAUCCACUAGAUGGAUGCGAACUAAUUGUAAUUGUAAUGCAAAUCCGAAUCCGAAUCCAAAAUGCAAAAUGCAACCACAUACAUACAGCACACAAUGGCACUUAGGCUAGACGAAGGCUACAAUAUUUAAAUUAUUUGUAUCGAUUUAAUAUAUAAUAUAUAUUAUAUGCAUAACUAUUUACCAUA